GUCACUGAUAUGAUGGUUGCCAAUAGCUCAAAUUUGAUCAUAACUGUAAAACCAGCCAAUCAACGUACUUUGGCACCUCCUAGGCGUGGCUCCUUCUCACGCAAUAGUCAAUUAUCAUCAGGCUCACAUCAGUCAACACAGUCUGCUGCAACAACUGGAUCAGAUGAUGAUCGCUACGAUCAAGAUGAGAUUGUUGAUCUUACUGGUAUAACUUUAGAAGAUUCUCCUCCCACAGUUAGCCCCAGUGCAAGUUCUAAGGAUGAAGGAGUGUUACACCUGUGAUGACCUCCUCUGCCCAAAGUAUCGUAGCAUUUUGUAACUCGAAAGGGCAUUGUAUGUAUAACACUGAUCAUGUUUAUACAUUUUUUUGGAAAACAUAUUUUUCUGGAACAGCAUGGAAGAAGUGUAUUGAGGCAGCUCUAAUCAGUUUUUACACAUUAUAUUUAGGGUGUGUAUUCACACAACAGUGGUGCUCAUUGUAACCAUAAGACAACUAUAAAUGCAUGUGUGCUGAAGAUAACAUAUAUCAAGUAAAGAGAAUUGUAGCUGUUAAACUUCCUAUACUUUGAACAACACUUCUUGUACUGUCCCUCAUGAAAAGAAAAGUUAUUUUGAGAAAGUGCACUGCAGUGCAGUGUGGUGUAGAUAGUUUUAGAUAAUUGAAGAUAAGGAACUUGGAAGGCUAUAAUUACCUUUGUUGAAGAUUUCCAUUUGUUAACUGAGAAAUAAAUUAUUACAAAGGUACAAAUAAUAUGAACGUCAUAUGUGACAAUAUUUCUUAGAGAAAAGGAAAUAUGUUGCAUCUUUCCUUAAAACUAUUGAAUGUUGAAGAGAGAGAAAGAAAGAAAAAAAUGGCUCUCGGAACCAAUUGUACACUAUUUGUAGAGAGAACUUUUCAGUAUGCUAAAUUCAUUAUUUAAAGAUAUUUCAAGUUUAAGAAAUACUGAGUGCCUACAUAUUGUUCCAUCCAUUUUAAAAGUAAUGUUCAAAAUCAUUGACUAAAUAUGCAAAGCUUAUAAAUUGCAUAAUAAACUCCAUUAACUAAUGUAUAAUAUUAUACUACUUACUUUUAUUGUAAAAUGUGAAUUGUUGUAGGAAUGAAAUUUAUGAAACAAUUCUAAAAUGACAAUGAUAUUUUUGUAACAAAGAUGAUGUAAGCUACAUAUUUUAUUUUCCAGUUGAAAAUGUUAUUGUUGCAAUAUUUUUAGAAACAAAUAUUAUUGUGCAAGAGGUUAGCAUCUGAGACUGAUGAGUGCAUAUAUUAGGUGAAAAUUUGUUGAUUGAAAGAAAGUUGUGUUCAGUUGCAUUUUUGUAACAAAUGGAAAAAAUAUUUCUCCAAGUUUGAAGCAAAUGAAAGGCCCUGUUAUUUCAUAUGGUCUUUAACAUUGCAGAUUGAUUACAAAAUUGGUAAUUAUGAGUUUCCCUGAAUUCAUUGACUGGCAUUUCAUUUUGUAAUAUAAUCUUACUUUACCUCUAUACUGGUCCGUCCUUUUAUCUUGUCUUGAUUUUGUAAACUACUUUGCAUAAAUUUGACAACUAUAUUCUUUUUUAUUUGUGUGUAAUUUCAAUAGUAAUUGCAGGAUAUAUUAUCAAAUACAUCACAAUGGUAAUCCAUUGUAGUCUGGUAGAGGUCCAAUGACCCACCUUUGUAUAGUUUUCCUUUAUUAAUUUGUAGUAUGCUUUAGUACCUUCAAUGUCUUUUAUGUUUAAUACCACAUGAAGACUAGUAUUGUAACAACAUUGACCUGUAUAUAGGAAGUACAGGGCAAGUGACAAUAAUUGCGCCGAAGUUAGCAAACUUCAGUCUUUGUGCAAUUGUUGCAUGUUCUGUACAACAAUGACCGAAAAAACAAUAGAUUCAUUGAUAGUGGUGUAUGCUGCAACAAAUUUUCAGUAUUGAUUUUGUAUGUGUUUGUGUGUGCAGGAUGAAUUCAUGAAUCGAAUAGAGAUUUUUGUUACUGUUAUGUGCUAUGAGUGGGUGUUGCAAUGCAUCUUAGGAGUAUUGAUUUUUGUUAUUCUGGUCAUGAGAUUGUUGUGCAGUACUGAAGGGUGGCUCAAGACUGGAAUAUGACCUAAAAGUUCAUAAUCCUGAACAUAUUAACUUAUUUUGAAGUUCUUUCAUUGGAAGGCAUUUUAUUGGAAACAAAUCAGAUACUGCUUAUAACUUAUUUACAUUUAUCCUUCGAGAAAACUGAAUUUACUCGUACAUUCCAAAUGACUAUUAUCUUAAAAUAUGAUUGAUUUAUUAGUUCAAAUUGGCUGUAAGUUUGAAAAGUAGCACAUUUCAGGAAUUUUAAGUUCUAUUCACGAAGAAUGUGUAAUGUACAAACAUUGUGCAAUCUUUGUGUUAGUUCAGUAUUAUAUGUAUUUGUAUACAUUGUUGGUAGCAUAGCCACUUGACUGUUUUCUAAACAAUUUUCUUCCUUCUUUAAUGAGAAAAACGUAUGUAUACCCUACCUAAGAAUGAUAGCCAUUUACAUUAAAUUUUAUUUUGUGUAAAUAGAGUACAUAAGUACUGUUGUUAAGCAAUUACUAGAUACACUGUUGGUUUACAUGGUUUGUGGAUGUGAAUACUUGCUGCCUUUGCAAUAACUAUUGUCACAAGACCUUCCUUGUAUUGUGUACUUAAAGGGACAUUUGAACUGGUCUCAUUUUUCCAUAAGAAGCUGUACUUAUUUUGUGACAAUUUUGACUGUUAAUACACAUUCCAUAUUUUGUAUUAAUCUUCUGUGAUUGGUUGUAAUCUGUAUUUUAAUAUUAGGCAGCUGGUAUUUAUAACAUUUUCCAUUUUCAUAUUGUCUCUAUUAAUAUUACUGGAUGUAAUAUUUACAAUUAUAAUUUUUAUAUUUUACAAUCAUGAAGAAUGAUAUUAAACUGUUUGAAAUCAUACAAA